AUGCCAGUAUUCAAAGGCCUUUUGCCUGCAUGCCAUGAUGCCAUUAUAGCCAACCUCCUGUCCAACCUCGCAACCUGGAAUGUGUACACAAAGCUGCACCUUCAUACAGGCACCUCCCUAGGGUUCUUUGCCACUGCCACACUUAUGCUUGGUGCCACAAUAAGAUGCAAGGCUGCAAUGAUCAAGAAGGGUCUCAAAUUAGGAAAGAACAUAAGUGCAACAACAUUCACUUCAGAAAAACUGUGCAAAAUCUUUAACCUGGUAACCUACAAAUACCAUGCCCUUGGUGACUACAUUGGCAUGAUCCUCUGCUUUAGAACAACAGACUUGUAUAGCAUGCAAGUGGGUAAGCUCGCACAUAAGGUGGUCAAAUAUUACCACAACCAUACAAAGAAGAACAACUUUUGGUCAGAUGAACAUCAUAGGUGCAAGCUAGCACACGCACACAGGCAGAAGCACAAGUGGCCUGAAAGGCUGCCUUUGUCCAACUCCACCACCCAUUACCACAUUCCCAUAUUAACAAGGAAGCACCUGAAUGCAUGGUCUUGGAUUCACAACCACCCUAGAGACCCUGCACUCAAGGAGUUCCUGCUUUGCCUCAAGGAUCAUCUCCUGGCAUGUGUACUAGGGCUCGCUUAUGAUGGUGACAAACAUGAGCUCUCAGAUAAGGACUGUGACAACAUCACUAUUUAUGUGCAUGUUAUUGGCAUCUUCCAUUGCAUGGUGCACCACCAUGGUCAUUCCUCUGAGCCCAAGCAAAUGGAUUUCUUGUGGGUUUGCUGGUUCAGCCUUGACACUAAUGCACCAGGUGGGUGGGAUUGCAAGCAGCUGCACAGUGUUGCCUUUAUCCCUGAAGAUGAUCUUGCCAUGUUUGGCUUCUUAGAUCCCAAGCAAAUCAUCCGCAGUGUACAUGUGAUUCCUGCAUUUGCAUGUGGACACAUCUCUGAGCAACUUAGGCCAUCCAUUGCUCAACAGCCAGCAAAGAAUGAUGAAGAUUGGGAGAGGUAUUAUAUUAACAUGUUUGUGGAGCACGGCAUGUUCAUGCGCUUCCAUGGCAGUGGCAUUAGUCACAAGGACACAUGGCACCUCAAUGCCAGCCUUCUCCAAGAUGGGCAAGCUGCACAAGUGCCGGAGGAGCCCUCCAAUGCGGCAGUCGAUGAGCAAGGUGGUGCUGAGGAUGACAAUUUGGAAGAGGAAUCUAAAGAAGAGGAGGGAGAAGAAGGCCCUUUGGUAGAGGAGGAGGAGGAGGAGAAGGAGAAGGAGGAGGAGGACAAUAAUCCUGACCCAUUGCCUGAAGACAAUGGAAGGGAGCAGGAUGAGCGAGUGCUUGCAGAGGAGGGUUAUGGCGAGUUUUGA